AUGAUAAAUGAUUUGUCAAAUUUGACCAAUUACAACUUGAACAAGGAAUCCAUUGAUGACUUCAAUAUUCACAAUCGCUGGAAAAAAAAGGGAAUUGCCAUGGUACCAAUGAAAUAUUUGAUAAUGUUUAAAGGACAAUUCGAGGCUACCGUGUCGGUCUGCGCUCGAGACGGUUCGGUAUGCGUGACGCACAGCGGAAUUGAGAUCGAUCAAGGUAUAAAUACGAAGAUUGUUCAAAUAACAGCUCGUACACUGGAUAUUGAUAUCAAAUUAAUCUCCGUUAAACAAAGUAAUAAUUUAGCUACACCAAAUGUAUCGACUACAGGGCACAGCAUUACUACAGAAUCCUGUGAAUACGCAACGAUCCAAGCUUGCGAACAGAUUUUACAAAGACUCGAGCCGAUAAGAAAAAAAAUGAAAAAUCCGACAUGGAUGGAUCUCAUUUUUAAAGCUUAUGAAGAGGGCGUUGAUUUAUACACACGUUACGUGUUGAUGACUGAGCCAACGCAAGGUAGUAUGAAGCCUUACGCCGUUUACGGCGUCACUUCUGCUGAAGUCGAGAUCGAUUUGUUGACUGGCCAGCAUAUUAUCAGAAGAGUCGAUUUGAUGAUCGAUGCUGGUCUAAGCGUAAAUCCGGCAAUUGACAUUGGUCAGGUGGAGGGAGCUUUCGUGAUGGGAGUAGGAUACUGGACUUCUGAGGAUCUGGUGUACACUCCUGAUACAGGAAAAUUAAUUACUGACAGAACAUGGAAUUACAAACCACCAGGAGCGAAGGAUAUACCC